AAUAUUUACUCAUGAAAUUAAUUAAUAAUUUAUUUUAUAAAAAAAAUAUCUUAAAACUUUAAUUUAACAAGAUAUUUGGUAAUAUCUUGUUAGAUUUUUUCUCAAUACAUUUUGUUAUAUUUUAAUUGAUUUAUUAUUAAUCAUUAAGGAGAUGAUCCAACAUGAUUUAUGUUCAGUAGAUUUCUUUGUACUUCUCUUUUGAUACAGAAGAUGAAUAGGAACUUAUAUAUAGAUAAACACACACAAGACCAAAACAGCUCGCUCUCCCAUAUAUUAAAAUUCAGAAGAAAAAGGGGGAUCUAAAGAUAUUUCAAGAAAGAAUAUUUCACUUUCUAGAAUAUAACAAAUGGCAAUCAAGAAUUCCUUUUCUCUUUUACUAUCUUCAUUGAUGGUGUUUGCUCUGAUCGCCAUACCCACAAUUUCAGGACAGCCAAGCGGAACAUGGUGUGUAGCCAAUCCCAAGAUACAAGACCAAGUGGUACAAGCAGCUCUAGGUUGGGCUUGUCAACAGAGUCAAGCAUACUGUAGCAGGAUUCAGCUUGGCCAAAAUUGCUACUCGCCUAACACUCUCAGGGACCAUGCCUCUGUUGUCUUCAAUACUUACUACCAGCAUAAUAAGGACCAAGGCGGUUCUUGUGAUUUCAAUAGGGCUGCAGUGAUCACCCACACCGACCCUAGUCAUGACACUUGCCAAUUUGAGUCUGUCCCUGAUUCUAAGUAAAGAGCAAAGACGAAAUGAAGCCAUCUUCUGCAACUAAUGAAUAAACUUAUGUACUAAUAUUGAAUACUAAAUAAAAUGCAGUGCAUUAUGAUUA